AUGACACGAGUGCCCUUUGGGGCUGCCUCCAGCCCGUUCCUCCUCGCGGCCACCUUGCAGCACCAUUUCAGAUCUGUCAGCCAUCGUUACCCAGCCACUGCUGCACGACUUUCCACCAGCUUUUACGUGGAUGACUUGGUAGUCGGGUGCAGGGGUGUCGCAGAAGCCCAGACGUUCUACAAGGAGACCAGAGCCAUCUUGCAAGAGGCGGGGAUGGACAUUCGGAAAUGGGCGUCAAACUCCCCAGUCCUUCAAGAGAAAUAUCUGAAUGAUGGAAUCGCACACGACAACGUCUCUGUUCUGGGGUCUGUUCUUCGUGUACUCGGUGUGCCGUGGGACAGACAAUUCGACGAGAUCUGGGUCCCCGCGCGGUCCGUCCAGGCUUUCGCUAAAGACGCCCCUUCCACGAAACGGGGGGUACUGCAGGUUUUUGCUCGAAUGUAUGACCCUUGGGGUUUCCUCUUUCCAUUCGCCAUUACAGCGCGCCUACUGUUCCAGACUUUAUGGAAGGAAAAAUGGCCUUGGGACUCCCCUCUAGAGCCACCACUGCUGGACGCGUGGCACGCAUGGGUGAACGAUCUGGCAACUCUCUCGGAGGUACGGCAGUCAAGAUGGGUACUCGGAUCCCAGCACAGCUUGCUCGAUCUUCAAGAAUUUGUAGACGCAAGCCCACGGGCGCACGGUGUCGUAGUGUACGUUCGCAGUCGAACAAGCGACGGCCGCAUCAAGGUUUCCUUGCUCAUCGCCAAGGGUCGCGUUGCUCCACUGAAGCCUCUAACAUUACCGCGACUAGAGCUUCUCGGGUGCCUACUCGCUGCGCGCAUUUUCUGUCGCAUCAUCAGUUCCCUGCCCAUCGCAGCACUCCAGGCCACCUUCUGGACGGACUCUACAAUAGCUUUGCACUGGGUCAAGAAUGACACUGACAAGUGGCCGCCGUUUGUCGCAGCCCACACCACCAAGAUACGACGGCUGACAAACCCGCAACAAUGGUUCCAUUGCGAAGGCAAACACAAUCCCGCGGAUCUGCUAACCAGAGGCGUAUCCGCGAAGGCUCUGCUCGGCAGCCAGCUGUGGUGGUCAGGUCCGCGGUGGCUAUCGCAAGAGUUCGACUCAGCGGCUGCUCCCGUGGUUGAUGCAGAGGUCUUUCCGACGGAAGAAGUUUGCUGUGUGGCAGUCGCGACAAGACUGGACCUCCCGCUGCGGUUGGCCGAUUACAGUUCACUGAAGCAUAUUCUAAGGCGUACGGCUCACGUGCUCAGGUACAUCCACAAUCUGCGCUAA